AUGGUAGUAUCAAAGAAUGGCGGUCAACCUUAUAUAGACGAGUUAUUUAUAGAACUCAAGGAAGGAGAUAUAGAACUGCAUAAACAACAAAGAGAGGCUACCUUGAAAGGGUUUUCAAAAGAAGAUAUAUUAGAGUUUCGAAAGCAAAUUACUGAUAUGGUAGAAUCGAAGUUGAAGGAAACAACUAUAAGGCUGGAGCAACAAUUGGCACAAGAACAAGAGGCAAGACUAAAUGCUGAAAAGAAAUCAAAUGAUGAAAUUGAAAAACUUAGAAAAGAUCUUGAACAAGCACAUGCAGAACUAAGCAAGCGAGGAGGAAAACCUAGUUGUGUCAUUCUAUGA